UUGCACAAAUAAAACUCUCACCGACACCCAUCUCUAUAAAUUGUUUCCGAGAGGACGAUUCCCGGAAAGUCACGUGAUCAAGGGACUUCCCCAGUUCUCAGAAUUAAUUCUAAAUAUAGAAUUUUGCGUCACCGAGAAGAAAAAUCUUGUAUUUGGUGUUCAUUUAAAGAAAAACACUUUUGGGCUUUAGAAUUUUAAUAGGAAUAGAAUAAACAUUAAAUCAGAUUUGUCAAGUUUAUAAUAUAGUUUGUAUUUACCGAACGAGAAAUGUGGCUGUGGUCAAGUGGGAUCCCUGUGUCAGUUCUAUUCUGCGGUACCGCGCUGUAGCACCCUUAGUUCUACCAUAAGACAGACGCACAUAAUUUCUCAGAACCGAAAAGAGAAUGGAAUGAUACUCAAGCCCCCAGUAAAGGACAGUUUUCUGACUGCAUUUUAUAUGUAAUGUAGUCAGAAAAAACUGAUUUCUAACUCAUUUUCACGCAUUAGAACAGCUCUCGUAUCUAUGUACUUCGAUUCCCGGAACUUUCAUUGACAAAUUCGCGGAAUCGUGACUGUGUAAAAAUUGUAUAGCCUCGAAAUGGCUUCUUCUGACUGGCUUCUUCGUUUAUUCAAGUCCUAUAGCUUCUUCAAAGUUGAUUAAAGAUGGAACAAGGUACAACCUUAAGAUUGAUUUACGUCAAAGAUUUGCGUGAUAACACAACAGCCCUUGGAGAAUUUUCAAAAUGCUUGGACCCACAAUUCAAAAGUCUCAAGAACUGGGAACACUUUGCAUUUACCUUGGGUGUCCCCCCAUAUGUGAUACGUACAUGCAAGCUCUACUUAGAACACAGUCCUACGAUAAAAGUGUUUGAGUAUCUGGCUAUAACCAGGCCAGAUAUGACAAUUAAUGAACUUCUARAUGUAUUAACAAGAAAUCAACAAAGAGCAAGACCUGAUAUCAAAGCUAUGCUUGAAGUGUUUAAGAGUGGCGAUAAAGUAUCUGUAGUUAUUACCAAUUCUACAGAUGGUGCAUGUAUUUUGGAUCAGAUUGCCUUGAAACUUGACUCAGCUAGCAGGCCAACAUGUAACUGGAUGGACUUUGGUUUGGAACUUGGUAUUGUACGUGAAAAGCUCCACCAGUUUGAAAUGUACAACUAUAAUCCAACAGAAGCACUAUUCAGAUUUCUGUAUGCAACAAGUAAAAAAACUGUUAAAGCAAGUGUAAUUGUUGGUUACCUGAAGGAGAUGCAGAGAGAGGAUGUACUUACAGAAAUUAGAAAUGCAACACACCCAACAGAUUUAGACUUCAACAAUGCCAAGGAUAUCUUGAAACUUGGAUCAGACCUUCUYGAUAAGACUUCAAAGAUGCUAAAUAAACCAUGUCAAGGUUUGGAAGGAUGGAGGGGAAUUGCACGUCGUCUKAUGACUGACCAAUAUAUAGAUGAMCCUGACMUCAUUCGCAGCUUGGAGCCACCAAUUCUGCAUGAAAUCCACAGCCCAACUAAGAAARUCAUUGAAUGGUUAGCAGCUAAUAAGCACAAAACAAAACUUGCUGAUGUUGUUGGAGCCUGUAAGAAAAUCCAGCGUUCUGAUGCCAUACAAGUCCUCAUGGAACGAUUUUCCAGGGCAUUAGAAUUUUCCUAUUUUGAUGUUCAAGAAGAUAGCCCUCCCUCUUCAUUGCGCUAUAGCAUCCAAGAAACUUCAGAGAAAGGAAACAUUCUCAAAAGUGAGGGACGUCGUUUUGGUUUACCUGAAUCAACUGCAGAAUGUAUGCUAAGGGUGCAAGAAAGAGACGAGUUGGUGUCAUAUCUUUCAAGUGGUCAAUACCAGAUGGUUGUUCUGCACUCUACCCCUGGUUAUGGUAAAACAUCACUAGUGUUGUACGUUGCCGAUGAGCUCAUCAAAACCCAUGGUUACACUUGCAUUUAUAUAAAUUCCAAAGGUGUCUUUAACCUCGAAGACUUUGCUGUCAAGAUCUUAUCAACUUGUGGAAUUCCAGCUCCUAACACGGGAGCGAAAGAUAGGGUAAAAAUGCUCUUCAAGAAUUUAAACCAAAAGUGCGUUCUUAUCGUGGACAACGUUGACCACAUGUUCCAUGCGAAUGAUACAGCACAGUUGAAUGACUCGAUCAGUAGCACCGGCAGUCUCAGCUCUCCAGGCAUGUCUUCUUCUGCUGUCCCCUCUUUGUCAGCAAGCUUUCCUGGAAUGAACUCCAAUACUGCAAGAACAUCCAUUGACAUCUCCACAAGCUUUCCUGAAAUGUCCUCUGCUUUAGACAAUUCUUCUACCUUUCCAGUAAUGUCUAGUGACAUUCCAGGCACGUCCAGUGACAUCCCAGGCACGUCCAGUGACAUUCCAGGCACGUCCAGUGACAUACCAGGUGAUGGAAACAAAACCCCAGAAAGGAAACGCUCAGCACUUCCUCUGUUUGAUGGGAGCAAUUCACAAAAGGAUGAAUACCAGAAUUUCUUAAUAGAAAUUAUACAGUCUGUGCCAGCAAGUGCUCCAAAUGUGUCAGUUCUUGCCACUUCAUGGGAGUCCUUAACCACCACGAAAGUUAACGCCAAGCAAACGAAAUUGCUCCCUCUGUCACCUGAAAAGUCGAAAGAACUUCUUUUGCACAAAUGCAAGUCUGUUCUUGGAAUUGAGGAAUCGAGUAUAUCCGGCGAUCUUGUCAGUGAAAUUGUUAAAUGCUGUAGUGACGUUCCUUUGCUUCUCUGCUCUGCAGUGACUUUCAUUGAAAGUUUUGGGUCAUUUGAUGAAGGUGCAAAUAAACUGGUUGCUUGUCCACUGGAACAGCUAACUACAAAAUUAUCUCCGGAUGAUUUACCUUGCGAAGAGCACUUCAACUAUUGUCUUGGGGUCUGUUUCAGCCGCCUUGAAGAAAUCACCCAGAAAGUGCUUGUGAAUGUGUCAGUUUUCCCAGGGCCUUUUUCCACAGAGAUUGCUGGGGCCGUCUUAACAGACACUGUUCAAGGUAAUGAUGAGCUCGAACGAGCGUUAACAACGUUGAGAAGAUUCAAUUUUCUUUCACAAGUCGGAGAGAAAUACUACAUGUCUUCUGCAAUCCGGUCGUUUGUCAUCCACAUUGCGGAUGAAACAGAUUCAAGGAAGCGCAUUCACCAAGAUGCUCUAUCAAAGUUUGCGGAUCACACCUUURAAGUCAUUUCUGGAAUUGAAAGAGACUUUUUCAGUCGUGAUUGUAGAGAUGCCAUACAAAGGUAUAGAGAUCAGGAAGAAAACCUGAGAGAAAUUGCGCGUUGGUGCAUCUCCGAGAGUCAUCCAGUGUCUCCAGGCGUUAAACAGAGCAUUAUUGAAUCCUUUGCGAAAUGUUAUUGGAUCAUGAAGUUGAUGAGACCCCAUCUAUUGAAGAUCAUCACCCGUAGCUUUGCUAAAUAUUGCAAACCUAUCAACUCCAGGUAUUACAUUGAAAGCUUGAUCUAUUCUGGUGCAACGUUUGUAAAAUGCUGUCACUGUCAGCCAAAACUUUGCGCGUUUGCACUCUGGAAAGCGAUGACUUGUUUCAAGUCGGCAGUCAAUGCAAUGUCCAGAGAAAGUUCAAGUACCACACCUAAUGGAAAAUGGUUACAAAAAGUAUUCCGCCGUCGCUCUCAAACCAAACGCAGCAUUACUGAUCUGGAAACCAUUGUCAAAUGUACGAUUAUAUCUGAAGAAGCGAAAGCAGAAAUGCUUGUUAAAUAUGGCAAAUGUAUAGCUCGAAGUGGUUUGGAUGAUGGGUUGGCAUUUAUUCAAACUGGAAUUGAAAAACGAAGUCAGAUUCGCACGAAGAACGGAUCCAGUCCAAAGACUAAUGUCAUGGUUGCACUUGGUUAUCACGAUCUGGCAUGUGGUUUCAGCUACCUAGGGAGUUCUGACAAGUCCAUUGAGUUACGUGAAAACAGAGUACUUCCAGUGUAUAUGGAACAUCUUGGGCUUUGUCAUCCAUUCGCAUCUAGCGCUCAAAGUCAUUUAGCAAAUUCUUAUCACGCUCUUCAAUGCUAUGAGAAAGCCAUUCAAAUGUGCGCAACUGCUUUGACGAACAGAAUGGAAUUGUUGGGUGAACAUCCUGAAACAGCAAGUUCUUGGUUUGAUAUGGGAUGUAUCAGGAGUGAACAAGCGUCUCUGUGCGAUCAGCCAGAUGUCCGGAAAACAUUGUACGAAGAAGCGCUAGAGUCCUUGCAAAACUCACUUGCAAUGCGUGAAAAACUUGCCUACACACCGAGAGAGACAGCUCAAACCCAUUCCGAGAUUUGUGACGUGUUGACACGUCUAGAAAGACACGAUGAGGCAAAGGAGCACGAAGAGAAAAUAUACCAACAGAUGAAGAAAUUAUCGAUUGACUUGGGAUGUGCUUCUAAAGAUAAGCUUAAAUAUGUUGAAGAUUUGUAUAACAAUCCUGCAGCACUUGAUAAAUUUUCAAGAUGCAUGGAUCCACAGUUCAAAAAUAUCGAAAACUGGGAACUCUUUGCGUUUGCUCUUGGUGUUCCUUCGGUCACUAUACGUACAUGCAAACUGUACUUAGAAUAUAGUCCAACAAUAAGACUGUUUAAAUACCUGGAGGUUACAAAGCCUGAUAUGACUGUUGGUGAUCUUCGUGCUGCCUUAACAAGAAAUCCUGAAAGAGCUAGAAAUGAUUUAGACAGAAUGCUUAAAGAUAAAUUGACAGAUGAAUCUAAAGUAUCUGAAGCUAUUACCAAUUCUACUUCUGAAGUCUUGGAUAAGAUGGCACUGAAGCUUGAUUCAGCUUCAGCACCAACAUGUACGUGGAUAGAUUUUGGUCUUGAGCUAGGGAUAACCCGUGACAAACUGAAGGAAUUUGAGAUGUACACUAACUACAAUCCAACAGAAGCACUAUUCAGAUAUGUUUACACAUCAAGUAAAGAAACUGUUAAAGCAAAUGUGAUUGUUGGUUACUUUGAGAAGAUGGAUAGAUGGGAUAUCCUUGAAGUGAUCAAACAAAUGAUACUGGCGUCAGAUAUUGACUCCAAGGAUGCUCAAGACAUUUUAAAACUUGGAUCAGAACUUCUUGAAACAAUUUCCAGGAAGCUAAAUGAAGAUUGUCCAGGUGUGGAAGGCUGGAGGGUACUUGCAAGUCAUUUGAUAGCUGACCAGCACAUUGAUGACCCAGACAUCAUAUCAAAGCUGGAGCCACCACGUCAACAUGAAAUUCACAGUCCAACUAAGAAAAUCAUUGAAUGGCUUUCAGCCAAUAAACAAGUUUUUGAUGAUGUCCCAACAUCCCCUCCAUAUAGUGUGCAAGAAACAACAAAAGCUGCAGAACACAUUCUUAAAGAUCACUUGAGAAACUUUGGAUUACCUAAACGAAUUACAGGAAUAAUUGGGCGUGAAGAAAAUAAGGCAGAAUUACUUGAACAGAUUCUGCAUCCUGAAAAUCAUUUGAUUGUACUUCAUGCUGCUACAGGAUAUGGCAAGGAAACGUUAGCAGUUGCAACAGCCUAUGAACUCAUUGACAAACAUGAUUUCACGUGCAUAUAUGUAGAUUCCGAUGGUAUCCUUUCCGUUGAAGACCUCGCUAUUACAAUUUUGACAACUUGUGGAAUUCCAGCUCCUUCAGUUGGUGAAAAGGAAAAAUUACAGGAGCUCUUAAAAAUCGUCACGAGAAAAUGUCUUCUUAUUCUGGAUAACUUAGAUCACGCAUUUCAUGCUGACGACAAGAGAAGAGACAGCAUGGACAAGAGCAUAAGGACGACAUACAAGCCCAGCUUUUCUGGAAAUUCAACCGCGUCUUCCAAUAUUUCUGAAUCAUCUGCCGCUGCUUUUGCCAGUUCAUCUGCCAACUUACCUGGAAUUCCCACCAGCAUUUCAUUUGCGCCAUACAGAAGUGGCAUUGUUCACUCGAUAAGUCAUGACAGUUUCACUGCAAAUACCAGUCACUGCACUAGCAGCAACUCAAAGCAGUUUCAGGACUUUCAGCAAAUGGACAGAAAGGAGGAAUAUCAGAAGUUUAUCGAAGAUUUAUUGAAGUAUUCCACUAGUUGGACAAUUCUUGCUACAACCUGGGAGUCUUUCUCUACUGCUGUUAACACCCAAGAGUUUGAAUUGCCGCCACUGACGCGUUCCCAUUCAGAAGAACUCUUUUUAAGUAGGUGCGAAUUGGCACAUAGAAUCGACAGGUCCAAUAUUCCACGUGAUCUCCUAACAAAUGUCCUAAAGUGCUGUAGUGGUAUUCCACAACUACUUCGUAACGCUGCUGCGGUCUUUGUGAAAGUUGGGUUUGAGGCUGGUGCAAAUCGCAUUGCUUCUAGUCCCCUUGAGCGGCAAUUAGAAUUGCUGAAUACUAAUAAGAUGAGCCAAAAAGAACGUUUUAAUUACUGUCUUGGCAUUUGCUUUGAUCGCCUUACUAAAACAUCUCAAGAUGCGUUGAUGAUGAUCUCCGUGUUUCCAGGUUUCUUUUCACUUGAAGUGGCUGCAACGGUUUUCAAGGCCAUCAUUUCAAACAAAACUGAGCUUGAGGAUGCGCUCACUGAAUUGAUGGAUUUCAGCUUUCUGUGUUUCGACCAAGAUCAAAAUGCAUACUAUUUAAGUCCUGCCAUGAGAUCGUUUGCAAUCUAUAAAGCAACACACGAACCACCAACGUUAACCUCUUCUGAAAGCGACGAUUGCUUUGGAACGGAACUAAGCCAUACGUACAAGAGUGCCAUCUCAAGAUUUGUGUAUUACACAUUUGCUAUCACGCUCAACAUAGAAAAUGAUUUCUUCAGCAAACACAGUGCUGAUGCCAUCCAGAAGUACAGAGAGCAAGAGCCAAACCUCAGAGAAAUAGCAAAUUGGUUCAUCUCGGAUCGACUCUCCAACGAUCCUGACAUGAAGCGCCUCAGGUACUACAUCAUUGAGUCAUUCAUAGCAUGUUACUUGGUCAACAUCAAGGUGAUGAGUGGGAAUUUAUUGAAGACCAUCCUGCGUUGGUUUUUACGGUUUUGUCGAGAAGAGGAAGGCAUGAACAGCACCCACGAAUCAAAGAAUGAAGGAUCAAAGGAUUGCGCAAAGAAGCAAUACGUCGAAUGUCUGACCUAUGGCGGAGUUACAUGCAUCUUGGGUUGUCUCUGUGUACCACAGCUAUGUCCAAUUGCUCUGGAUCAAGCACUGUGGUGCUUUAAUGAAGUUUUGGAAGUGUUAUGUACCCAAGCGAAGGCAACCUUGAAAAUGCACUUCGAAAUCCUGUCCACGUGUGAGUCCAUGUCCAAGGGAGCCCAAACUCAAUUCCUUCUUAAGUACGGCAAGUGUUUGGUUCGGCAAGGACGAAAGGCUGAAGGGCUGAAAUUCGUCGAAAGGGGGAUUGAAAUACGCGAGGAAGUGUUCGAGAAAUCAAAAUCCACAAAAGAUUGCGUUAUGGUGGCAGUGGGAUACAAUGAUCUUGCAAGUGCCCACAGCUAUAAUAACGAUGCGAAUGGAACAGCCAUUCAAAUAAGGCAAAGCAAAGUCCUACCUGUUUAUGAAGAGCAUCUUGGUCGACAUCCAUUCACAGCCAGUGCUCUCAGCCAUUUAGCACAUGACUUCCUAGCACUUGAUUUCUACGAAGAAGCCCUCAAAGCAUGCCAAAGAGCUUUGUCCUACAGAAAACGAUUAUUUGGCGAACACUCUGAAACUGCUCGUUCUCUGUUUGAUAAGGGGCAUAUUUUGAGAAAACAAGCGGGUCAAUUUAAAGAUCAUGGUGACAAGCAGUCAUCGAAACUUAAAGAUGCGCUUUUUUACCUGAAAGAAGCACUUGAAAUGCGUCAGCAUCUUGCAUUCACAUCUAAAGAAACGGCAGAAAAUCACGUGGAAAUAGUUCGCGUGUUGAAAUCCUUAGGRCGAGAAGAGGAAGCAAAAGAGCACGAGGAAAAAGCAGGAAUUUGUAUGAAGCAAGUAGACUAUUCUCACAUGGGUGAAUGCAUGGAUUAGUCAACAAUUUAAGUCAUUUUCGUCCACACACAGUAUCAUUCAAGGCCCUCGCUGGGUGGCAUUUUGAAAAGCAACCGUUCCUGUGCCAUCGAAGCGAGAAGACCAACGACUUCCUUCAUGAUAGUUUAGCUAGUGGUAUUGCCAUCAGCACAGACGGUAACUUGAACGAGAAGACUAUUACUAAUCCAGCUGUCCGCAGAAAUAGACCUUGCGAACUUUUUCUCUUUUUCCUCUGACAAAGGAGCAACGUAUAAAAUAUUAUCAAUUUUUCUUUUUUUCACUUUGUAUUUAUAAUUCUCUCACAAUUGUUUUUAAAAUCGGUUGUUGAACGACCUUUCUAGAWUAUGUAGAUAUCGUUUGAUAGCACAACACGAAGCACACACUACUGUAUUGUUAUUUCGAUUUUAUGAGAUUUUCAAUUUUUCUGAGCMUACUCAUCGCUGAAUUUAUGCGACUUGACAUUCACAUAUUCACGUUUUUAUUGAAUAGUUUUCUAGCAUAUUUACAUUAGCUUUAAAAAAAUUGAAUUUCCUAAUGUUUUGUAAAGAAGUUUUUAUAGUCAGUAAACAUGGCUGCUGGUCGUGCUCGAAGAAAUAAUUGCAUCUCCUGCAGGCAUGUCUCUGCUGAGAGACCAGGACGUAGUACCAAGAUAAUAUUURUAUUCUGAUAACAUCAAUAUUCUCUUUUCAAAAGUGGAUUCCUAUUGAUGACARCGUAAAAUGUUGUACAGCGGUUUGUACAAAAUCUGAAAAUUUCAACAAUAUAUGUAAAAUAGAUUAGGCACGAAUAAACCAAUGUAUCGUUAGUCAGAUGAAUUUGAAUAUAGUGACAAUAAUUUUCAUCUACCUUGAA